AUGUUCGAAUUCAUCUCAUUUACAGGCAUCAAUACCGUACCUGAACUACCACCUCAGCAUGAAUCAAAAUAUGCCGGUCAGUUCGCACCGGACGGUACUUACAUUGGAAAACCGCAACUUCGUGUUGCGUACAUGAAUCGACCAAGACGCUCGCCAUCAAAUAACGAGGAUCGAAAAGCGGAGCAUGAGAACGGUUACCGUCGAAAAUCACCUAAAAUGCGCUCUCUCAAUCACUUCCCAUCAGCAACUCGCUUUGCUGCAACAACAACAAAUGGAGGUGAUCACAAUGAGAGAGAGCAAGGCGAUCGACGAAGACAGCAACAAUUCCAGACGAUCUCACGCACUCAUCGAAUAUCUUUUCCUGACAAGAACACUCGAAUUGUUCCAAGCCAGCAAGCUACGCAAACAGGUUGUCACAGUUGA